UAUAAAUAUAACAACUUUAUUCCAUUAUUUUUCUUUCAUCUCAUCAAGAUUACUAAUAUUACUAGUUCCAACUUUUUCCGGCAACAUACAUGGCGGAAGGUGGUGGUUCCGGUGAUGAUACAAUUAGAAGUAGCUGUCAACGUGGCCACUGGCGACCGGCCGAAGACGAAAGACUCCGGCAGCUUGUAGAACAAUAUGGUCCUCAAAAUUGGAACUCUAUAGCUGAAAAACUUCAAGGAAGAUCAGGGAAGAGUUGUAGAUUAAGAUGGUUUAACCAACUUGAUCCAAGAAUUAAUAGAAGACCAUUUAGUGAAGAUGAAGAAGAGAGACUUAUUGGUGCUCAUAGAAUACAUGGAAAUAAAUGGGCAUUAAUUUCAAGAUUAUUUCCAGGUAGAACUGAUAAUGCUGUGAAAAAUCAUUGGCAUGUUUUAAUGGCAAGAAAACAAAGGGAACAAUCAAAGAUUUGUGGUAAAAGAAGUUUAUAUCAACAACAACAACAACAACAUGAUAAUUUUGAUUCUAAAUCAUCAUGUUAUGGUUUUCGACGAAGGAAUAACAACAACAACAACAACAAUAAUAAUACGAGAAUACAAGAAGGUAAUUAUGGCUCCAAAAUUAACUUCUUUGAAUUUCAAAACCCUAAUAAAGAUAGGGUUUUCUCAAUGUCUACUACAUAUUCUUCUGAAUUUUGUGGGAGUCAUUUGUUUAGAGAAAGCUCAAUAGAUCAAAAAUCUUUAUGUCAAAAUAAUUUAAGCUUUUCAAGUCACGGAAGAGGAGGAGGAGGAGGAGAUAAUAAUUGCAAAAGGAGUACAACUUUUCAGAAUCCUUUCAGUUAUGCUGAUAGAAAUGAAAGAGUUGUGAAUAUUAGCCAUAGUACAUUUUCCUUUGGGAAAAUUCUAAGGGAAAACAUUGAACAACAACAAAAAUAUGGAGAAGAAGCAAGGGAAAAGAAAGAUAUUCCCUUUAUAGAUUUUCUUGGUGUGGGGAUUUCUUCUUGAUUGUUUUUUCUUCUUUGGCUAAUUUUUUGUUUAAUGUUUAACAAUUCUUUUCAAUGUCUAAUUAUAAUAUAAGUAUUUGUUAUCCUAGUUAUAAUUUCUUUAUCAUGCCAAAUAGUUGUUGUUAAUUCAAGUGAUAGCUUAGCCUAGGCUGUUUUUUUAACCUCUAAGGUGAAAAAAGUACUCUUAGGUUUUACUUAAUCAUCCUAAUUUCUUUUUAGGGACAUAGAUUUUGAACACUUGUAGCAUAAUAUAUGUAAUAAACUUUGAUAUUAUUCAACUAUAUAUGGACUUUGGAUUAUGUAUAUUACAUUUUUAACCUUUUUUUUACAAUUGGGAGUAAAGUUGUACUGAUUUUUCUUAAUUUUCUCAGUGUGUUGCUUUUCUUUUUCCCCAUGUGUUAUAUGACAUGGAAAUAUUUCCUUUUUUGGUAGAAAUUAAGUGUAAGUAUCAAUUUCGUGCAGGUAAGAUUUAGUUGCUAAUCUCUUAAGUAAAAAGGAGAGAAACUAAAUUGAUGUGAUAUAUUAUUAUAUAUCAAUGUCAAGAAGAUGUAAAAAUUGCAACAUUUUAAGUUGAAGCUGCAUAUAUAUAUAUAUAUAUAUAUAUAUGUAUGUUGCUGAUAGCUAUUUGAAACAUGCACUGAAAGUUACUACAUACUAGUUUGAUAGAGGAAUGUAUAUUACAUGUAUAAUGUCCAUCCAUAUAUUACUUUUUUCGA